CAGAAAUGCACAUUUCCUGUAAGGAUAUAACGGCGUUACCAUGCAUAUUGGCCGUUUAUAAAAAAAAAGAAAAUAUAUGGCUACAUUUGCCAUCAUAGAAACAGUUAUUAGUAUAAGAACAAAGGUGGCGAUGCAGAUCAAAAGUUGUAUCGUUAUUUUGACCGUGUUCAAGAUUGUCGUAAUCUUUGACGGUUUCCUGCUACACGGCUCUGCUGGUCCUCUAACAGCCCGGCUGGGAGGAGCUGUACUGCUGCCCUGCUUUGUGGACAGACCCCUGCCUUUGGAGGAGCUGGAGGUGGACUGGAGAAGGACUGAUUCAGACACCAUCGUGCACCUAUUCCAGGGGGGUCAGAGCAGACCUGAAUCACAGGGGGACGCCUACAGGGGCAGAGUGCACUUCUUCUCUCAGGAAAUCCCCAAAGGCAACUUCUCUCUGCUGCUUGAGGAAGUGAGGACUGCAGAUGCAGGAGUGUACAAGUGUGUGGUUUAUACAGAGCAGGAGCAACGUGAAACAUGGGUGGAAAUACGGGAAGUAGAGCGGCUGGUGGUGACAGGUGCAGAUGAGCCUGUCUAUGCACAUGCUGGAGAGGAUGUGACUCUCAGCUGCUCUGUGGACACCCAUGUUAAUGUGACAGAGCUUCAUGUGGAAUGGAGAAAGACAGACGAUGACGGUGACAUCUUGGUGCUUCUGUAUGCUGAUGGAGAGAACAGACCAGAGUCACAGGAUGGGAGAUACUCUGGAAGAGCUGAAUUCUUCACUGAGGAAAUUCCCAAAGGAAACUUCUCAAUGAAACUGAGGAGAGUCAGGACUGAAGACAAAGGAGAGUUCAGGUGUGAAGUCCACUCAGAUACUGAUUCUGCCAGUACAACUGCCAGGAUAGCAGCACUGGGUUAUUCAUCCCUGCAUUGGAUGAUUCUGUGGCUGUGCAUCGCUGUCACACCUGUAGUCCUACUUACUGGUGCUUUAUCUGUCAGGCAUUUAAUAAAGGAAGAUAAAAGCAAACAGGCUCUGCUGAGUCACUGUUCAUAUCUCACAGUUCCACCAAUCAUGGUUUCCGUCGCCUUCAUCCUGUGGGGUGUAACUGAAGGAUCCACAGAAGAGGCUGUUACUUAUCCUGCCAUCAGUCUGAUGAAUAUCCUGCUGUUGUUUGUUAUGGCUCCAUAUCGGAAAUCAUUCCUAGAUACAAGGCAGCUGAUUAUUCACUUCACUCUGAGAGCUACAUUUCCCAUUAUUAUGUUGGCUGCACUAACAGGUGGUUUCAUUGGGUUCUCAGCUGAAUUUUCCCCAACUCCAGCUCAGAAAGCAGCAUUUGGAGUAAUGUUGGGUGGAAUCAUAUUUAUACUCAUCUUUUUCAUUAUAUGCCAAAUCGCCUGUGUUGUGGUUUUGGCAAAAUAUUCAGAAGACAAUGACAAAGUAGAGAAAAUACUGAAGUAUGUGGCAGGAAUAACUGGAAUUAUAUUCCUGCUCAUCUCGGUCUCAUCCAUCAUUGCUGUCAGUGUUUAUCUGGCGAAAUACUCAGCUCUACCUUGGGAAGAACAACUUGCAACAUUUUCCACUUUAUUAAUGUUUCCGGUCAUCAUGGUUUUAUUCCCAGUUGGUCUCGGUGUGUUUCGGAUAAUACGCUUACGAAGGAUGGGAGAAACAGUACGACUUGGAGACAUUCUUGCAAUCAUGGCCGCUUUCCUGUAUGAUCCCACACUGUGUAACAUCCUGCACAUUGCUAUUUAUUCCCAAGUCUUUGCCUGGAUGAACGGCACAUUUAUAUUAAAAUAUUCAAUUUCGAUUUCAGUAGCUUCUUUGGGAAUCUCUGCCUGCAUCAUUAUCAAGGAUUAUUUAUUAUUUAUUGAAAAAAAGCGCUUGGAGGGAUUUUACUUUUUUGCUCAGAAAAUCCUUCUGGGGAUUUUCUUCCUGCUUCACCUGAUAUUAAAUUUCCUGUAUCUAAGUGUGAUUAUAGAAAAUGACAAAGGACGACCUGUAAAGAUCUGCGAUUUUGUGUUUACCUACAUUCUGACUGUCACAUUCCUGUUUCGAUCCUGGGAGCGGGAACAUUUACUUGUCAAACCCCGUAAAUAUGUAUAUUUAUCAGGGACUUUUGCUCUCCCUCUCCUGAAUUCUGUUGCCCUGGCUGUAGUAUUAAUACUCAAAGCAGACACAGGAAAACAGCCACUGGAUCUACGGCUGAUUGUCCUGAAUUCUGGGUCUGUCUUCCUCUUUAGCCGCUUUGUUAUAGAGGUGUCUGCAUACUGGUUGGCCAAAAAAGAAAAACUAAAAAGACAGCUGGGUUUGGUUGAGAGACUCCAAGAUACUGAGCUGCAACUGCUCCAGCCACAGGUUCCCACAGCCACCAUUCCGGGCCCCCUGGCCGACCUGGGGAAAUGCAAGCUGAUCCGGGAGCAGCUGUUGCUCCUGCUGCAUGCCCGCAUAUGCCGGCAACGCAAGCAGACCAACAGGAAAUCGUGGUCGUGCUCCAGGCCCCAGUGCUGCACCAUGAGGAGGGUCCUGAAGCACAGGGACAGCUGCCAGGCCGGUACAUCCUGCCAGGUGAAGCACUGCACUUCCUCCUGCCAGAUCAUCUCACACUGGGAGAACUGCACACAGGAUGACUGUCCCAUCUGCAUGCCAUCUGAGAACAUGAGCAUCAAUGCUGACUCGAGGAAACUCGAGCUGAUGCAGGGGAGGCUGUUGCUUCUGCUCCAUGCCCAAGAGUGCCAGCGGCGUGAACAGGCCAACGGGGAGGAGUGGUUAUGCUCCAGGUCCCAGUGCUGCAACAUGAGGAAGUUACUGAAGCACAUGACCCACUGCCAGGUUGGCAUGACAUGCCAGGAGGAUCUCUGCACUUUAUCCUGCCAGAUCAUCUCUCACUGGGAGACCUGCACACAGGACAACUGUCUGACUCUCCACUUUUAAUCAUGAUAAACAACAUGAAUGAUAAAAGGAGCAACAGCGGAUCACAUGAGAAUCAGGAGGUGGAGGCAUCAUCACCUGCUGAUCACAAUGAACCAAACCCAGAGGAGGUAUUACUGGGGGAGAAGAACACAGAAGGCUGAAGGAUCUAUAGAGUUUUAUUUGAUAUGUUUUGCCUACGGUCCCAAGUCUGACAGAUCCUGUUGGAUCACCAAGUUAUCUGUGUUAUCAGUCACCAGAUUAUGGGUGAUCAGGCGCAGUUCAUUUUAUCUGAAGAGUUGAGGGACUUUGUCGGCCAGUAGGGUUGGGCGAUGUCUACCUAACUGGCACAGGACGAUGUCUACAGUGAAACAUUCUGAUUGGACGAUGAAUUCGAGUGGGUUGGGUCAUCUUGUUAAGGUGCUAUACAUUUUUAUGUAGGCAUAGAUUCUUUUGCAUUUUAAUGACUAUUCAUACACUCAUUAAAUACUUAAUGUAUCACUAUUUCUAUUUUUUGCACAUUUGAGCCCAUUCACAGCCCAUCCUUCCCAGUCUUUCCUUACUUUUCCUCAGAAUACUCUGCCUUGAGUGUCAAAUUGUGUAGUUCAGUACUUAAAAUUGUUGAGUGUGGAUGUGAAUGCACUUAUGCACUUAGAAAAGUAAAAGAAAUACGUGAUUUGACACAUACAGUGAUGGCAUCCGACUUGGCAGAAGAGAAUGAAAUUUUGAAGAAAAAAAUUCAGGAGCUGCAACAGCAGAUUGAAACUCUGCAGCUGCAGCCAAGUUUUGGCCUAGAACAUCUUGCCGGGUCUGAGGAGGACAUUCGUUUUUACACAAGGAAGGUCCAUGUCCUGAAAAAUCGUUUUGUAAUCAACACGUACCUCAUUACGUCUAAUUAAUGUAUGUUGUUAAUAUCAAGUUAACAUAGCUUACACGUUGGGGUUAAUUUAUCAGGGUCUGGUAGAUUAAUGCAUACUAUACUAAAUAAAACUUUUGCCUGAAACCUUA